AUGAAUCGUCACCCACCGUCUAGCUACGGCGAAGAGCCGCCAGCAUACGACCAAGAAACAACAUCGUUUUUAUCGGAGGCUGAAUCUCCAACAAGGCAGAAUGGCGCGACAAUGCGUUUGCUUCCCACAAGUGGUGAUGCAUAUGGUGACUUGACCGAGAGCCCAAGAUCGCCCUCGCCAUCCAGAUACACACAGGACUAUGACACUACUCCGACUGGUCAAACACCAUACGACGCUCGAUUUUAUCAGGUUCCCAGUGUUUCAUCACCAUCGCGUCCUACAUCAAGCAUCGGCACUGUCCCCAAUAUCGCACCAUCUACUGCCAGCUUAGCAGACCCUUCAGUGUAUCCAUCCAUCCCUCCACGAACAGGCUCACCCAUUCGUCCUUGGAGUCCAGGUCAUGUUCGACCUCCCUCCGUGUCCAGUGUUGGCUACGAGCGUGCCGACAUCAACGGCAGCCCGCGACCAGGAACACCAAGCUCUCGAUAUGGAGGAAGUCCCCGACGACCAUUGCCCCCCGCUCCAUUAUUUUCUGGCCCUGCAUCAUCGGGCAUAGAUGCCAGCAUCGAUAUCGGAGAUGGCAUGACCGAUGAAGAUCCUUUUGGUGGCGAUGGCCGGACCAUUCACCACAAUUCGCGCGCUAGUGUGCGAUCAUUCAUGAGUGACUCGACCUACAUGGGCGAUGAAAAGGACAUGAUGUCCAAGGUUGGUCUGGAUGAUGAGGACGAGGAAGAGGACGGCGGCAUCGUCGACCCGAACAUGCACUAUGGGCCUGCGCCCGAUAAGCAAUCCCGUCGCGGUGUCCGUGACACACAGAUGGCCAAAAAGGAAGUUCAACUGAUUAAUGGAGAGCUUAUUUUGGAGUGCAAAAUUCCAACAAUUCUGCACAGUUUCCUUCCUCGUCGUGACGAUCGCGAGUUCACUCAUAUGCGAUACACGGCUGUUACUUGUGAUCCUGAUGACUUCACAGCUCGAGGCUAUAAGCUUCGACAACAGAUCGGCAGCACUGCUCGUGAGACUGAAUUGUUCAUUUGUGUCACCAUGUACAAUGAGGAUGAGAUUGGCUUUACGCGAACUAUGCAUGGUAUUAUGCGAAACAUCAGCCAUCUAUGUUCUCGUACGAAGUCUCGUACUUGGGGUAAGGAUGGAUGGAAGAAGAUCGUCGUUUGCGUCGUUUCAGAUGGACGUAAAAAGAUUCAUCCUCGAACUCUGAAUGCCCUCGCUGCUCUCGGUGUUUACCAAGAGGGUAUUGCAAAGAACGUUGUCAACCAGAAGGAAGUUCAAGCUCACGUCUAUGAAUACACCACUCAGGUGUCGCUUGACUCUGAUCUGAAGUUCAAGGGUGCCGAGAAGGGUAUUGUGCCUUGCCAGGUCAUCUUUUGUCUGAAGGAGCACAAUCAAAAGAAGCUGAACUCUCACCGUUGGUUCUUCAACGCUUUCGGUCGCGCUCUCCAACCCAACAUUUGUGUUCUUCUCGAUGUCGGUACCAAGCCCGACCCUACUGCUUGUUACCACCUGUGGAAGGCGUUCGACCAAGAUUCCAACGUUGCAGGUGCCGCCGGAGAAAUUAAGGCCGGAAAGGGCAAGGGCAUGCUCGGACUGUUCAACCCUCUCGUCGCUAGUCAAAACUUUGAGUACAAGAUGUCCAAUAUUUUGGACAAACCACUCGAGUCUGUAUUUGGAUACAUUACUGUGCUGCCUGGUGCGCUGAGUGCCUACCGUUUCUUUGCUCUGCAGAAUGAUGCCGAUGGAAAUGGUCCUUUGAACCAGUACUUCAAGGGUGAGACCCUUCAUGGUCAAGAUGCCGAUGUCUUCACUGCGAACAUGUAUCUCGCCGAGGAUCGUAUUCUUUGCUGGGAGUUGGUCGCUAAGCGUGAAGAGAGAUGGGUCUUGAAGUUCGUCAAGAGUGCUGUUGGCGAGACUGAUGUGCCUGACUCGGUUCCAGAGUUCAUCUCGCAACGUCGUCGCUGGCUGAACGGUGCUUUCUUCGCGGCUGUGUACUCCAACUUCAAUGCUAAGCAGAUUUGGCAGACCGAUCACACGAUCGGUCGUAAGAUCUUGCUACACAUUGAGUUUGUGUAUCAAUUCUUCAACUUGGUCUUCACGUAUUUCGGUUUGGCAAAUUUCUACCUGGUUUUCUACUUCAUCGCUGGCUCUUUGACUGAUGAGACGAUUGAUCCCUUUGGUCACAAUAUGGGCAAGUGGAUCUUUGAAGUGUUGCGCUAUUGCCUGGUGCUAGUAAUGGGUCUUCAAUUCAUCAUCUCCCUCGGUAAUCGCCCACAAGGUGCCAAGAACCUUUACCUGUCCGGUAUGAUUGUUUACAGCAUCAUCAUGGCCUACACCAUCUUCUGCACACUUUAUCUUUGUGUUAUAGAAUUGAUGGCUCGUGCUGGAGUUGGCAGCUCAUCAUUAAAGGUCAGUAACACAUUGAUGAUGAACAUCGUCAUUUCCAUGUUGUCAACAGUCGGUCUCUACUUCUACAUCUCCAUUCUCUACCUCGACCCAUGGCACAUGUUCACAUCUUCUCUGCAAUAUUUCUUGCUCAUGCCAAGUUACAUCUGUACACUGCAAGUUUAUGCGUUUUGCAACACCCACGAUGUUACUUGGGGUACAAAGGGUGACAACGUUAUGAACACCGAUCUCGGUACUGCGAAGACAAUCAACGGCAAAACAGUUUUGUUGGACAUGCCAUCCGAGCAACUGGAUAUUGACAGUGGGUACGAUGCUGCGCUCCGCAACCUCCGUGAUCGCCUUGAGGUUCCCGAACCACCAUUGAGUGACUCUCAACUGCAAGAGGACUACUACCGUGCUGUCCGUACCUACAUGGUAUCAGUCUGGAUGGUUGCCAACCUUGUUCUGGGCAUGGUCGUCUCUCAAGUCUACGGCGUCGACCAAGGUGGCACCAACAUUUACCUCUCAAUUCUCCUCUGGGCUGUAGCAGGUCUCGCCUUAGUCCGUGCCGUCGGAUCAACAGUCUACGCUAUCCUCCACCUCGUCCACAAGAUCGUCGACGGGAAAACAAAAUUCGACGCCGGAAACCUCACAAACUUUGCACCCAGCGUUUUCAGUGGAAGUAACGCUGGAGCUAGCUCUGAGCGCAGCUCUCAAAAACCCGUCCGAUACAGCGGUAAGCCUAGCAUUAAGGAUCGUUUCAAUGAAGCGAGAUGGGCUGUAGGCCGAACGGCUGGGAAGGCAAUGUUUUGGCGCAAGAAUUAG